CUUUCUCACACCUUCCAUGUGCACCCUAGCUGUAAUGUGUGUCCAAAGGUGUUUGUCACUGCAGUGAAUUAGAGUGGGGGGGUUUUUUCUUUCCUUUUUGUUCUCUGGGGGAUUUCUGUUGUUCGUGUGUAUUUUCUCAGAAGGGGUUUCAAGGAUGCCUAUGUUUCAACCCUCAAGGAGGGAUGGUGUUGUUGCUGGCUUUGAUGGUAGCGGUGAUGGGCAGGUUCUAGAUCUGGAUACGGCAGUGAAGGAUGGGAUUUUGGGUGGUGUUGGUGGCGGGGUCAUUGGUGCUGCCGUUUGUGAGAAAUUGGAUCUGAAGAAGAUGAUUGAAGAGCUCGAUUUGCCUGACAUUCCUCCUGUGUUUAUCUGCCCAAUCUCCCUCGAGCCAAUGCAAGAUCCUGUUACCCUUUGUACUGGUCAAACCUAUGAGAGGUCUAACAUUCUCAAAUGGUUCAAUUUGGGGCACUAUACUUGCCCCAUAACUAUGCAAGAGCUUUGGGAUGAUUCUGUUACCCCCAACAGGACCCUUUAUCAUUUGAUUUGUACUUGGUUUUCCCAGAAGUAUUUGCUCAUGAAGAAGAGGUCUGAGGACGUGCAGGGAAGGGCAAGUGAGCUUCUCAUUACCUUGAAGAAGGUUAAGGGUCAAGCAAGGGUUCAGGCAUUGAAGGAGCUCCACCAAGUUGUUUCAUCACAUGCCACUGCUAGGAAGGCGGUGGUUGAAGAAGGUGGGAUUGCUGUAAUCUCAUCGUUGUUGGGCCCAUUCACCUCCCAUGCGGUAGGUUCGGAAGCAAUUGGCAUUCUUGUAAAUUUGGAACUUGAUUCUGAAUCCAAAACCAAUUUGAUGCAGCCUGCGAAGAUUUCUUUGAUGGUGGAUAUGUUGAAUGAAGGGUCAAUUGAAACAAAGAUCAGUUGUACACAUUUGAUUGAGAAAUUGAUGGAGGAGAAGGAUUUUCGACCUGAGGUUGUCUCUAGCCAUAGCUUGUUGGUUGGGCUAAUGCGACUGGUGAAGGAUAAGAGGCACACAAAUGGAAUUUUGCCAGGGCUUAGCCUACUCGGAUCGAUAUGCCUGCUUAAAGAAGUUAGGAGCUUGAUUGUGAGAAUUGGGGCUGUUUCUCAAUUGGUUGAACUGUUACCUGCUCUGGAGCCUGAUUGCUUGGAAUUGGCCCUUUUCGUAUUGGAUACACUAUCUUCCCUGCCAGAGGGAAUAGGUUCACUUAAGGAUUGUCCUAACACAAUUCCAAACCUGGUGAGGCUACUAAUGAGAUUUUCAGAAAACUGUACUCAAUAUGCAUUGUCCAUUUUAUGGUCUGUAUGCAAACUUGCCCCAGAGGAAUGUUCAUCAGUUGCUGUAGAGGCUGGGCUAGGAGCAAAGCUGCUCCUGAUUCAAUGUGGUUGCAAUCCUGCCCUGAAGCAAAGGUCUGCGGAAUUGUUGAAGUUAUGUAGGCUAAAUUAUACAGACACCAUCUUUAUUUCCAAGUGCAAGCUUACAAGGACAAUCCAAUGAGGUAGAAGCCUUUCUAGGUGUAAUCAGCACAGCACGUUUGCUACCAGGGCAUGGGACUCGUUGGACCUGUCAAAAUUCAGGGCAGCAGGUGCUAAAAGAACAAACAGUGACAUGAAUGGAGGUUUGAGGUAUGUGCUAGCUCUCCUGUAUAUAUAGUCAAGCAGUUCCAUUCCAGCAAUUGAUUCAAAUACUCGAAGCACAAUCAUAAUGCAGACAUGAAAACACCUUGCAUGCUGCAAUGCACCCAUGCGGGUUUCUCUUGCAAAUACCUUCAUCAAUAACACCCUAGAAGGAUUUUAUGCAAUGGAUUUGUAUUGGGGUAGAUUGUUGGAUAAAGAAUACUUGAAAUGGGGUGUGAGAAAUUUGGAAAUAUCUGGAGCUUGCAAUUGCAAUUGUCUUAGACAAAGUGAUUGCUUUUGCUCCAUUUUCCUUCUUUCUCAGAGUUGUAUUUGUUUCUGCAACAGAUGCCGUACAAUUUUCCCUUAGGUUUAGUGGGAGUUUUGCUUUUGUCCCCAUAAUUGUAGAGCAUGGAGUGCCUUUGGCCUUCAAUCGUUUGUUCAAUGUGUAGUGUACAAUGAAAUUAACCAUUUCGU